AUGGCUAUUCCUAAGAGUUCCGCCAGCGAAGUUGUGAACAAGAAGAUGAAGAGUCUAAAGGACCACAAGAAGGCCCAGAAGGAGAAGAUGCUGGCGAAACGUACCGCUGCCGCUGAGAAGGCCAAGGCAAAGAAGACUCUGUCUGUGCCUGUUGCUGUCGACGUUGCUAAGGAGGCUGCGCCCGCGCACGAGGAAGCCGCUGGUGAUAUUGAGACCGCUUCGAUGACGAAGAUUCCAGUGGAGGUUAUCGCUGAAUCUAAACUUCACCGAGUCGAGUCACAUUCUGAGUACGUCGCUAUGGUAGAGCCGGUCCCGGUCGUGGAGGUCGCUAUUGGUCCUAAGGAUAAUGUUCCAACCAAGGUCACCACCACCUUACACCCAAGCAAGGUCGAGCAAGAGGUUGACAAUACUCAACAUAUCAAGACCGAUGAUUUUUCUACAAACACGCCUCCUCAGUUUAGCAUGCUCAACCCGAAUGCUAAAGAGUUUUCCUUUGCGAAAGUCAAGGCUGCUCCGAACGACAAAGUCGCUUCAACGUGGGCUACAAAUGCCAGGAUGGUGCCUAAACAGCCCGUAGAUACUGUCGCGUACCGCAAGGCUCUAGAAGCCGACCUAUACAACACCAUGGAGACACCACGCCAGAUGCUCAUCCGAUGCAAGUACACCACGUCCGUCGACGCUGAGUACCAUCCCGUUGAUGAAGUUGAGUUCGACAAGGCCAAGCCGAUUAUCAAGUGCCUAGACGACAAUCGCUUCGAGGUUGAGCCAAAUGUGACUGGCUUCACUGAAGACGACAUGACGACGCGCACCGAGGUCGUUCCUUCACUUUCCCUUCAUCGGUUAUUCGGCAUCGUCAAGGACGCUGGCCAGGCUAAAGUCGGUAUCUAUAAUUCGCUCUUCGAUUCGUCAAUAUCUCGCGUACCGGAUUAUGGCGAAGAUACCGAGUUUGACGAGAUCUUCGUCAAGUUACCAUGUGAGGAUAGACGUCCCCGCAGUCCUGUCUCCAUGGGCCAUCUCUCAUCCAUUGCCCGUGCCCCGAUCACCAGCCCCGUUGUUUCCCGCACCCUGGAAUCAGUUGAGGCUGAGAUGCGCCCUGCUACGAACAACAACGCUUCGAAUGCACCGGCGUUUGUGGAUCCCGCUAUCAUCAGCUGUAAGAUCAAGCAGCCAACUCCUGAUCAGGCUGACGAACUCGAUGUCACAACCGGCCUACCCGCACGUGAUAACACUCAAGAAACCAAUGUGCUGACGCGAAUCUUUGGGCUUCCCAUCAUAUUUCCACCGGAUAUGUCGCCCAAUUCUUCCCAUCAUUCCCGUACGUCGUCGCCUGUUGACCCUCAGCGAGCACACACGCCGCUCACUCACUACUCCGCCACCCCACCCUCGGGGCUGCCUGUCUGGACGAUUCCACAAAUCUCAUUACCUCAGUACGUCUUCCCAAACGGGGCUGCCUUCAACGGGUUUGGCUUUUCCAUGAGCCCGCAGACAGGAGGCUUCCAAGAUCUGCCCACACAGCAGCAUGCUGCGCAUUACUAA